CAGCAGCACAACAACAGCUCAGCAGCAAUUCAAUUGUGGCUUCGUUGGUGCUCGGUGGACACGGAGACGGACAAAGACAACCCGCUGGCUUGGGUGUGGUGGCAGUUCGGUGUACUUGCUUGCUUGGUGGCUUGGUUGGUCGGUGGCUUGGUUGGUUGGUUGGUCGGUGGCUGCCUUGAGUCUUCCCCUUCUCCUCCUUCUUCUUCGCUCUCUGCUCACGGCCUGGAGGCGGGAUGGCUGACCGGAUUGAGGCUGGUGUGGAGUAUGUGUGGGAUGAGGUGCGGGAGGGCGAGGACGGCACGCUAUGCAUCGAUGAGAUCACGGCACAGACACACACGCGCGUCCGCAAGCGACAUGCGCUCGCCCCACAACUUGGACCAUGCAAACGUGGCAUGAUCCGACACGUGUACUUGGUGGUGGAUCUGUCACAAGACAUGGAUGAUGACGACCUGAAACCAAACAGGCUGACGUGCACGGUGCACAACUUGAUCGACUUUGUGCACUCCUUCUUCCACGAGAAUCCCAUUAGCGAUAUGGGCGUCAUCGUCAUGCGUGAGGGUGUCGCUCGUGUCAUCUGCGAACUCAACGGCAAUAAGGACGUUCUGGUUGAGCACCUCUCAGCGCUGCUGCACCCGAAGACGCCCCUCUUCCCCGCAGGCGAAGCCUCGCUGCAGAACGCCCUUGCCGUUGCCAGACGCUCCCUCAGGUCCAUCCCAAGUCACGCCACACGCGAGGUCGUCAUCGUGCAGGCCACGCUCGCAUCCUGCGAUCCAGGCAACAUCCUCGACACCAUCAAGUCUCUGCGUUCGGAUAAGGUGACGGUGAAUGUCGUUGGGCUAGCUGCCGCCGUUCGCAUCUGCGAAACCGUCUGCAAGGAAACAGGAGGCAUCCAUGCUGUAGCGCUGGACGAGGAUCAUCUUGGCGAACUGCUGCUCGCGCUGACAACACCGCCCGCCGCCCCUGCCGACGCCGACGCAACGCAGAUGCGGCUUGGGUUUGCCGCGUACGAGGGCAGGCGGCCCACAGUCAGGCGCCAGAAGGACGGACAGCUUGGCAUCACCACUGGCGGUUAUGUGUGUCCGCAGUGCCGGGCGAAAGUGUCCGAUAUUCCUCAGCGCUGCACCACGUGCGGCCUCAUGCUCGUGUCGUCGCCGCACCUCGCCAAGACCUUCCAUCACAUGUUCCCGCUCCCGGUGUUUAAGGAGGUCACACUCGCAGCAGCAGAGUGGUGUGCGGGCUGCACGCAACCCUUGCCCACGACGCUCCCUGCGUACGAGUGCCCAUCCUGCGGCGCGCGCGUGUGUCUCGAUUGUGAUGUGUAUGUGCACCGCGAGCUGCACAACUGCCCGGGCUGCCCCGUCACCGCAGACUCGUGGACGCAACAUAACACCGACCAGCAACGCCAACAACACACCUGAACGUUCAUCAUAGUUUCCUCUGUGUGUGUGUGUGUUGCUGGCUCGUACUUGCAUUCAACUCUUCAAUUUGAUUCGAUUAGGACAGGACAAUAAAACAACAUUCAAAGCGG